AUCGUUGUUCAGUGCAAAGCGUGGUAUUCAAAAGAAAUAGGUCAGGAUAAAAUCGAUAAGUUUAGAACAGUGGUGUUGGACGGGAGGUACGCAUUCGGGGUUUAUGUAGGAGCGAUGAAAGGAAAAUUUGCGAAUGGAGCGUAUAAAUUGGCUAAAAGGUCAGGAGGCGGUUGCAAAAUAGCACAAGUAGCUACUGAAAAAUGCCGAUUUGAUAUGCUAGAUACCUUCAAUCAGAUAUUAGAAGAAUUAUAUAAAACUGAUGAAAGUAUAGAUAAAACAAAUAGAAGUACAAAUGAAUUAGGCCAAAGAACAAUCAAUAACCCGUAUAUAGUUAAGUCUAAAGGAAGACCACAGAAUAAAAGAUUUAAAAGCUUUGUUAAAAUGUCUCAAACUUUUAAGAAUAGUAGUUCAGGCAGUAAU